CCGCGGGCCUCGCUGCCACAGGGCGGCGGCCCCCGGCCCGUCCCGCUGCCCGGCGCGGCCCAAAGUUUCCCGGCGGAACGGGGAGCAUGGGCUUCUCCCUGCCUGCAGCACCAGGAGGAGCCUGCUGAGCCAGCACAGGGGCAGGACAAGUGAGCUGCUCUGGGAUGAUGCCCUGGGUGCUUCUGCAUGGCCAUGGAAUAAGGUGCAGCUGACAAGCAAGGCUGGGGGAGCUGUGGAAGGAAAAAAGAGCCCAGAGGAAAAGGAGGAAUACAGCGCAGUCAGCUGGAGCUUUCAUUGGGAGCCACACACCAACCCAGGGCUGAAAGGAUGAAGGGAACGUAAUUCAGCACAUUCCUUUGGAGCAGCAGUUGUUCACCUGGCUGACAGAGGGACCAGAAAAAAUGGUGAUCAACAUAUAAUCUCCACAGCUAUGGCUGAGAAGUGCAGUUAAGCUCUGCCUUGAGUGAAGUUUGACAGAAAAUGGUCCAGCAGCUUUGUCUCUGGAAAUGGUUCACAGUGGGGACGGCACUCGCUGCUGUCCUGGCAUGGGCUCUGGCCCAGAAUGAUGAAGAUUGCAAGUUGGCCAGAGCAGGUCCUCCAGCCACAAUAGUUCCCAUUGACGAGGAGAGUCGCAACGGCACUAUCCUGGUUGACAACAUGCUAAUCAAAGGCACGGCAGGAGGGCCUGACCCCACCAUCGAGCUCUCCCUGAAGGACAACGUGGAUUACUGGGUGAUCCUGGACCCCAUCAAGCAGACCUUGUACCUGAACAGCACCGGCCGCGUGCUGGACAGAGACCCCCCCAUGUCCAUCCAGUCCAUCGUGGUGCAGGUGCAGUGUGUGAACAAGAAGGUGGGCACCAUCAUCAACCAUGAGGUGCGCAUCGUGGUGCGCGACCGCAACGACAACUCCCCGCAGUUCCAGCAGGAGCACUACUACGUGGCCGUCAACGAGUUAACUCCAGUUGGAACAACCAUCUUCACAGGGUUUUCUGGAGACAAUGGUGCUAUUGACAUUGAUGAUGGUCCCAAUGGCCAGAUAGAAUAUGUCAUCCAGUACAAUCCUAAUGACAAGACUUCCAACAGGACCUUUGAUAUUCCUCUCACUUUGUCCGGAGCAGUAGUUCUGAGGGAAAGACUAAAUUAUGAGGAAAAGACUCGUUAUUUUGUCAUUGUUCAAGCAAAUGACCGAGCCCAGAACCUGAACGAGCGGAGGACGAGCACGACCACCCUGACCGUGGAUGUGCUGGAUGGGGACGAUUUGGGGCCAAUGUUCCUGCCCUGUGUGCUGGUGAACAACACCCGGGACUGCAGGCCCCUCACCUACCAAGCCAGCCUGCCAGAGCUCACAGACCCUGUCCAUGUGAAUCCCAUCACUGUCACUCCACCCAUCCAAGCCAUAGACCAGGACAGGAACAUCCAGCCUCCUUCAGAUCGACCUGGCAUCCUCUACUCCAUCCUAGUUGGUACUCCUGAGGAUUAUCCCCAGUAUUUCCAUAUGAAUCUCACAACAGCUGAACUGACACUCCUCAAGCCAAUAAAUAGGGAUUUACAUCAGAAGUUUGACUUGGUUAUUAAGGCUGAACAAGACAACGGCCACCCUCUCCCUGCCUUUGCCAACCUCCACAUCGAGAUCCUGGAUGAGAACAACCAGAAGCCUUAUUUCACAAGGUCUACCUACGAGGGCUUCAUCCUGGAAUCCUCCCCAGUGGGAACGACCAUCUCGGAUAACCGGAACCUGACCUCCCCCCUGCAGCUCGUGGUGCUGGACAACGACGUGGAGGAGACCAAGGAUCCACAGCUCCAUCUCUUCCUGAACGACUACACCACGUUUUUCACUGUGACCCCGAGUGGCAUCACCCGCUACCUCACCCUGCUGCAGCCCGUGGACAGGGAGGUCCAGCAGCUCUACACCUUCUCUAUGGCAGCUUCUGAUGGAGUCCAGGAGAGUGUCCCAGUGACUGUCAACAUCGUGGUGAUUGAUGCAAAUGAUAAUACCCCAACCUUCUCCAACAUUUCCUACAGUGUCAAGAUCUAUACGGAUAUGAAGCCUGGGGAAGGUGUUAUAAAGCUGACAGCCGUGGAUGCAGACGAGGGAGCCAAUGGGCAGAUAGUGUACGAAAUCCUGGCUGGGGCUCAGGGGGACUUCAUCAUCAACAAGCACACGGGCCUGAUCACCAUCGCUCCUGGGGUGCUGCUGGUCGUGGGGCGCACCUACGCCCUCACCGUCAGAGCGUCUGACUGUGCCCCCCCUGCGCAGAGAAGGAGCUCCAUCACCACUGUUUACAUCGAGGUGCUGCCUCCCAACAACCAGAGCCCCCCACGCUUCCCACAGCUGAUGUACAGCCUGGAGGUCAGCGAGGCCAUGAGGAUCGGCGCUGUUCUCCUGAACCUGCAGGCUUUCGAUAGAGAGGGCGACCCCAUCAAAUACCUCAUUCAGAAUGGAGAUCCUCAGCAAGUUUUUAAUCUCUCUCAGAGCUCUGGCCUGCUGUCCUUGGGAAAGCCGCUGGACAGAGAGAGCACUGACCGCUACAUCCUCAUCGUCACGGCCUCGGACGGCAGACCCGACGGGACUUCGACUGCUACUGUCAAUAUAGUGGUGACAGAUGUCAAUGACAACGGACCAGUUUUUGACAUGUUCCUCCCCAGAAACCUCUCUGUGCAGGAAGAGGAAGCCAAUGCUUUUGUUGGUCAAGUAAGGGCUACAGAUGCAGAUGCUGGGGUUAAUGGGCAGGUCCACUACAGCCUGGCCAACUUCAAAAACCUGUUCAGGAUCACGUCCAACGGCAGCAUUUACACGGCAGUGAAGCUGAACAGGGAGGUGAGGGAUCACUACGAGCUCAUCGUGGAGGCGACCGACGGUGCCGUGGACCCGCGGCGCUCCACGCUCACCCUGGCCAUCAAGGUGCUGGACAUUGAUGACAACAGCCCCGUGUUCACCAACUCCUCCUACACUGUCUGUGUGCCAGAGAAUCUCCCACCAGGAACUGUCUUCCUGCAGCUGGAGGCCACGGACGCGGACCUGGGAGCAGAUGUGAAUUAUCGGAUCCGCACUGAGGAAGCCCGGGAGCAUUUUGUCCUGGACAAGCGCACGGGAGAGCUGUCGCUGCGGAAAUCCUUGGAUUAUGAAUCCUUCUAUGAUACAGAGGCAACCUUCACCUUCCUCGUGGAAGCCUUCGACAGCAAGGGCACCAUGCCACCUGGGCUGGCCACUGUCACCGUCAGAGUCAAGGAUAUGAAUGAUUACUCUCCAGAGUUCAGCCAGAAGCUCUACAGGGGAAUGGUUGCUCCUGAUGCCGUCAAGGGCACCGUUAUCACCACGGUCUCAGCUGAGGAUCGGGAUCCCCCGGGCACCCCAGCGAGUCUGGUUCGCUACAAGGUGGAUGUUGUCCAGUUUCCCUACAGUGCCAGCAUCUUUGAUGUGGAGGAAAACUCUGGACGUGUCGUCACCCGAGUGAACCUCAAUGAAGAGCCCAGCACAGUGUUCAAGCUGGUGGUCAUUGCCUACGAUGAUGGGGACCCAGUGAAGUUCAACACCACCAUGGUGGAAAUUGUGGUGCUGCAGCCCUCAGUCAUCCCACGCUUCACACAGGAUGAAUACAGGCCUCCCCCAGUGAGUGAGAGUGCCCCGAAGGGAACCGUGGUCACCGUUGUCACCGCAGCCGCCUUGAACCAGACAGUGGUGUACUCCAUUGUCUCAGGGAAUGAGGAGGAUGUGUUUGCCAUUCACAACAGAACAGGAGUGAUCACUGUGAAAAAGCCUCUGGACUAUGAACGUGUCCAAAGUUACGAGCUCCGGGUGCAGGCAGACUCCUUGCAGGUGGUGAAGUCCAACAACCUGCGGGUUCCCUCCAAAAGUAAUACAGCCAAGGUCUUUGUUGAGGUGAAGGAUGAAAAUGACCAUGCGCCUGUGUUCACCAAAAAACUGUACAUUGGAGGGGUGUCUGAAGAUGCCAGAAUGUUUUCUUCUGUGCUCAAAGUGAAGGCUGAUGAUAAGGACACUGGGAAUUACAGUGCCAUGCAAUACAGGCUCAUCAUUCCCCCCAUCAAGGAUGGCAAGGAGGGCUUUGUGAUCGAGGCUUACACGGGGCUGAUCAAAACUGCCAUGCUCUUCAAAAACAUGAGGAGAUCCUAUUUCAAGUUCCAGGUCAUUGCCACCGACGAUUACGGCAAAGGACUGAGCAGCAAAGCAGACGUGCUUGUCUCUGUGGUCAAUCAGUUGGACAUGCAAGUGAUUGUCUCCAACGUUCCUCCCACCCUCGUGGAGCAAAACAAAGAUCAGCUCAUUGGGAUUUUGGAACGCUACGUGCAAGACCAGAUCCCGGGGGCGACGGUCGUGGUGGAAUCCAUCGGAGCCCGGAGGUUUGGGGAUGGAUAUUCUGAGGAGGAUUACACCAAGUCUGACCUCAUGGUCUACGCCAUCGACCCACAGACCAACAGAGCCAUCAUGAGGAACGAACUCUUUAAGUUCCUGGAUGGCAAACUGCUGGAUAUCAACAAGGAGUUCCAGCCCUACCUGGGCCAGGGCGGGCGAAUCCUGGAGAUCCGCACGCCGGACGUGGUGGCCAACGUGAAGAAGCAGGCGCAGGCCGUGGGCUUCACGGAGGGGGCACUUCUGGCCCUGGCUGUCAUCAUCUUCCUGUGCUGCAUGCCAGCCAUCCUCAUCGUCAUGGUCAGCUACCGCCAGAGACAGGCUGAGUGUGCCAAGACUGCGAGGAUGCAGAUGGCUCUGCCAGCAGGAAAACCAUCCGGAGCCGCCGCCAACAACCUCUAUGAGGAGCUUGGAGACAGCACCAUGCGAGGAUAUGCACAGCAAGAGCAACAGCAGUUGCUGAGACCUUCUCUUCUCAGACCAGAGGAGUUGAGUAUGGAGUCUGGAAUUGAUCCAGGGCAGGAAUACUAUGGCCAGGAUUACUACAGUUAUGAGCAUGGGUACGAGCUGCCGCAGUACGGGAGCCGCCGGCGCCUGCUGUCCCCGUCGGGAAUGUACGACGAGUACGGCGAGGUGGUGGUGGAGAGUGAUGGUGGCUACUACUACAGUCCCCACGGGCCAGCAGCUGAGGAGGGCAUGAUUCCAGGCAGAGGCCCUCCCAGCAGAGGUAUAAGCCAGGCAGCAGGGCCUCAAAUGGAAGGGAGACCUGUAGGUGUUGGGAUGGACCUCAGCCAUGGUCCUGGAAGAGGAUUUAGGAGCAGCCAGGGAAAAAGGAGGCUAAAGGGAGCGAUGCAUAUAAGCCGUGUGGCAGUCAGUGCCCACAAACCAGGAAGAGCUGAGUCUGCCCAUUCCCGGUGGAAGAAAGCAAAGAUAUUCCCAAUGAUCCUGCAGAAAGUGAAAGGUAGGAAGGAUUCCAGCUAUGCCAAGCUGCUGUCAGCUCGCCAAGCGGACGGGGACAAACCCAUGAUGAUCAGGGGAAGCUACUUCCAGAAAGCCACAGAUGCCAGGCCCUCCAUGAGAAAACUAAACCACGUGUUGAAGCGCAUCAGCGUCUCCAAGAAAUUCCAGGAGGGCCUUGGCAAGGAUUUGGCACGUGGAGAGGAAGAGUCUGAAAGGGAUGAAGCCAAGUCGGGAGUUUCAAUCAGCAUCACGGCAGAGAGCGAGCAGGAGGAGAGUGACCACGAGAAGAGGAGGAAGAGGAGGAGGACACGCACCUCAGAUGAGUCCUCUGAGAAGAGCAGCAGCUCUGAGUCAGAAGACAAAGACUACUUGAAAAUAACCCUGGAUCAGGAUGAGGCCACAGAAAGCACUGUGGACUCAGAUGAGGAGACUGGGGAUGUGGGGGAUUCCGAUGAGGAGUCUGAAUCCAGCUCCAGCAGCGGGUCGGAGGAGGAAUCAUCAGAAGAGGAUGAUGAUGAGGAAGAGUCUGAGACCGAUGAGGAUGGCAGUCUGUCCAAGAGCUCAUCCACACGGAGCUCCUACAGCAGGUCAGGGACCAGCGAGUCUGGCAGCAGAAGAAGCACGGAAAUGUCCAGUGUGAAAAGCAGGGCAGGCAGCUCCCGUGGCAAACGCUCCAGCCAGAAAUCCGUGAGCUCCACUGCCUCGGGUAGCGACAGGGACACGAGCCACAAGCAAACCUCGGGAUCCAGCUACAAGAGCAAAACCUCCUCUGCCAGUGUGGAAAUAGAUGACACCAUAGAAGAGGUGUCAGAAGAAGAGGAAGAGGUAGAGGAGACAGCAGGUAGCUCAAACAAGGCAGUUUCUAAAAGUGCCACAGCAAAAGCUGCUGCUGCUGGAGGGGGCAAGAGAGGACAGUCAGCUGCUCCUGGUGAGGACAGCGAAGAGGAAAGUGAAGAGGCUGAUCCAGAAGACAGUGAGAGGGAGGACACUGCCAGUAAGAAUGAAUCUUCUUGCCUAGACAGUGAAAUCAGUGCGACUUCCAAAGGUACCACAGGGACAAAAAGCUCAGGUAGCGCCACGUCCGGGAAAACUGCCACAUCCCCUGAGACUCAGAGCUCUGACACCAACUGGGCCAAGAAGAAGAGGAUCAAGUUGGUGGUGGACCCGGAGUACGAGACCAGCUCCACAGGCGAGGAGAGCGCUCCCGACUCCAGCCAGAGGAACCGGCUGAGCAACCCUGGCUUCCAAGCCAACGGCAGCAGCAACGUCUACGUGGCCCAGAAUGGCUCCGUGGUGCGCACCCGCCGCGCCUGCCUGGGCAACAAUUUAAAAGUCACCUCCCCAGUGAGGCUGGGGAAGCAGUUCAAGAAACUGGACAAGCUGGCGGUGACGCACGAGGAGAGCGUCCCGCUGAACACGUUGUCCAAGGGACCGUCCCCCGGUGACAAAAUGAACUCCAGGCCGUGCAGUGUGUCCUUUUCCUCUAGUAUAGGGGCUGAAAAUGUAGUGACAAAGGCCGGGGCGGCCAAACUGAAAAGCACAGAUGAGCAGGAAUCGGUUGUUGACCACGAGGAAGUCAAGGAGCCCUUGGAGUCGCACAGUGAACACACACAGUCCGACGAGGAGGAGCUCUGGAUGGGCCCUUGGAACAACCUUCACAUACCAAUGACAAAACUGUGAUUUUAGUUGAUUUUUUUUUUUUUUAAUUUUGGUUUUUACUUCGGUUUAUAAUAAACUGCGCUUUUUAUUGUCA